ACCACGAGGCGGUACAUCACUCACGCGCAUGUCCAUGGAGGCCUGUGUGGUGGCGUGCGAGCACGACACAGAGUCUUUACAUCAACGCGGCAAGCAUGUAGCAGAAAAGGCGCUGCGAAGCGUGUAUGCUCCUACGCCGUGUAUUUACACUCACGUGAACCUUCUCCCCUCUUCUCUCCUCCUCUAACCCCCCCCCUACCACUACAUCCUGCCCCCCUCCCUCCCCCUCCACACACACACACACACACGUCGCUCAAGUCCUUAAGCUACCCCCCCCCCCCCGACCCCCUGGACCUCACGUCCUUCUUCACUUCCUACCCGCAGAUUGGCGUGACCCUCGCGCACCUUUCACACACGCACGGCGCAGCCGUCCCCUAUUACCAGGCGGCGGGCAGGGCUCGCAAGUGGUAGCCAAUGACCGCGGGCGAGUUCUAUGUGUACGUCGUCGCGUUCAUGUGCGGCGUGUCCAUGAUGAUGCCCACCAAUGCCAUCUUCUCCGCGCCUGGAUACAUUAUGACGUACUACCGCUACGCCAUGCACGACCCGGACGCGGUUCCGCGGCAUGCGAACUUCUGGAACAACGUCAUGACCUACUACAACAUCAUUAGUCUCUCGACAAGCCUGGUCAUAGAGCCGCUGACGCUGCUCAGCUGGUUCCGCCGCAUCCCGAUUAAGACGCGUCUGUUCAGUGGCCUGCUCAUCCUCAUCAUGGAGGUUAUCGUGUUGAUGGUGGUGCCUGUACGUGGCACCAAUGAGGCUGGUGCGGUGGCAACGCUCUGCUGCAGCGGCUUCAUUGGCGGCCUCGGCAAGAGCAUCUUCGAUCUCACGACGUACGCCAUGUUUAGUGCCUUCCCCUCGAGCUUCACGUUGAUCAUGAUGGGUGGGGUCGGCGUUUCUGGCGUCUUGACCUCGCUGCUGCAGAUCGUCGUAAAGGGUGUGCUGCCGGACACGUACGAGGGCGUGGAAAAGCAGUCAAAGCUCUACUACGGCCUGGACUUGGGUAUCCACGCCGCAACCUUUGUUGCGUUGUUUCUGCUCCGCUACAACAGCUUCGCUAAGAGCCACUUCGGUGAUCUCGGUAGUGCAAAGAGCAAGACGGGCACCGGCAGCCUGGGGACAGUGCUCCACAGACCCUACGAGCACCUGGAUGAGGAGGAGAGUCACAAGUCUUCGGUGAGCAGGGAGCCGGCCACGGAUGAGCUGCAAAUGUCCUCCGCCAAGUCAGAGGGCUCGGCUACAGAGCAGAACAGACUCGACGAAUACCUGGAUGGGGCGAGAAAGGAUAGGUGGCCGAGUGAGGGGGGACGCCCGAAGAGCAACGAGAUGCUCGUGGCCACCGCCAUCGUCAGCACGCUGCGCUGUAUCAAGUGGAUGUUCGUCGCCUGCGGCUUUGAUUUCCUGAUCACGAUGUUCCUGUUCCCCAGUAUCGCCGUUAGCGCGUUCCCGAACUCGAAGUGGUUUGCAACAAUCGCUGUGCUCAUCUUCAAUGUGUUCGAUAUGCUCGGCCUCUUCUCACCGUCGCUGAAGUUCAUGUGGCCGCGGUCGCGCAAGCAGCACUGGAUCGUGGCGGCAUCCUUUGCACGCGUCAUCUUCGUGCCGCUGCUGCUCCUGCACUCGUACCACUACAUCCCGGGAGAGGCGUAUGGCUACGUGAUGCAAGUUAUCCUCGGCUUCUCGAACGGCUACGUGGUCUCGAUGGCGCUGGUGCUUGGCCCGCAGUCGAAGGGCAUCGACGAUGACGGCAAGCGCUUCGUUGCCGGUACUCUGAUGGGCAUCUCCAUCCUCGUCGGCGGCGUGAUUGGUACCCUUCUCAGCAUCAUGACGCAGGCCAUCCGCGAGCGGUACUAA